AUGCCAUCUACCAACCACUGUUUAUCGUUGGGAACCCAGGAUAACCUGGGGCCUAGAAACUACCAGGAGGCUAGUAUCGGACCUCUUUCGUAUACUGUGCACUCCAAGUGGCGCCACAUGAGCCUUCUGUUGCUUGCUAUUGUGGUUCAGACGGCCCUGGGGAACCCGGAACCUUUCCACGUUAGUGCAGACUACCCAGCAGGUUGUCGUGGCGGACCUGGUCCAGGAGAGAAGAGUUCCAUUAUCCAUCUUGUGGAAUCGUCCUGCAUCUACAACAUGAGGGGUGUCACAGCCGAUGGAGUUCAGAAAAAUGCUGCCGGGAUCAUCCUCAACUCGAACAUGCCUGGAAGUUAUGGCACUAUGUAUAUAAACAUCACCAUUACCUCCCCGCCUGGCGAGCCGAGUGAUAUUCUAGUGGAGACGCAUGGUCGGGUCAACAUGGGUUUCGGUAAUGAAAGCAGAUACUUCUGGUGGAACCCAGCGGCUUCCGCUUCCCAAGGACGAUUCUCCGGCAAAAGAGCUCUUUUCCCUAUAGAGGCUGUCGACUUUGCCUCUUUCCCUGAUGACAAAGGGAUGCUCGUCGCACGCGCGCACAUGUUAUUGAUCAUCGACGCCUGUAAUAUUAUCGAUCUCGCUUUUGGCAGAACAGCCUAA